GCUGGGGCCCAAGUUUCCACAUUUCACAUUAGCGGUGGACCUCAUAUGAACCUUGCCAACCCAACACUAAACAUGGUUCAUGCAAUUUGUUUCAUUUAUUCCACUCCACAUCACCAAACAUAUUCAAUCAAAACAAAACAAACCAACGCUCCUUACUUUCAUCAUUCCAACUUCACAUUUGUUUUCUUACACUAAAAUAGUAAAAAAGCAAGCAACUCAUGGAAGCUUUAUGGGAUUUUAUAGACAAAUUGAAGAUUUCAACUCUAGGUGCUAUUCUUCUACUUGCAUGUGCAUGUUUUGGACUUGUUUGCUUUUGCAUUAUUAUUGUACUAAAAAGGAAAGGUAGUAAUAACAACAAGAUUGUGAACCAAGAGGGUCGUGUUAUAGAAGAGAAUGAAACUUCUUCGACUAUCACGACGACGACUACUACUUCUACCACUACGACAAAUGCUACUACUACAACUACUGAUUCUACAAAAUGGUUAGAGUCAAACUGUGGAUGGAUUUCAGUGAAAAGGGUGUUGAUGGAGUCAAUGGUGUGGAGCAGGGCGAGGAAAUUAGAAGAAAAUAUUGGAUGGCAGAGAGAGAGAGGAUCUCCAUUGCUUGGAAGCUUACAAAGGAAUGGUGUUGAAAAUGGUUGGAAAAGUGUUAGUCAUGAUUCAGCAUCAGCAGUGUGGCAGAGACCAAUACUAAGAGGGGAGAAAUGUGAGCUUCCAAGUUUUAGUGGCCUUAUUCUCUAUGAUGAGAAAGGAAAAUUGCUAAAUGAUUCUGUGAACGAAACACAAUGCAUGGAAAUUUCUAAACAGGAAGAAAUAGAUAUUAUUACAGUGAGAACUACCCUAAAAGAUUUACUAUAGUACUUAUGUUACUGGCUCUUUCUUUUGGCUCUUAGUUGUAUCAAAUAGACAAUGAGGUUUUACUCCAAUGAAAUUUUCCUAUCACUCUUUUUUUU